GGGCCACGGGCGCGGGCUUCUGGGAGUUGUAGUCGCUGGGGGCGGGCGCCGUCGUAAGGAGACGUAGCUUUCCGUGGGGUCUGCUACAGCAGUUGGUCCCCGCGGGAGCCGCAGGGUCAGUCAGCCGCUCUCGUCGCUCCGCGCUCGCCCUGAGGCUGAGAAGACGCUCUCCGUCUCCCCGGCUUUCCCUCUCCGGCGCUGAGUGCUCCUUGCCCUCGCGGGAUGGAAGCUUCCUGGCGCCAGGUGGCCGGUGGCCGAGGCCGAGCCCGCGGACGGGCCACUGCUGCCCCCGCCUCUGGAAAUGGAGUCCCUCUCCGCGGUGUCGGCGGAGGCCGCGAGAAGGGGUCGGUGGGCGCCGUCCAUUCGGGCUGCAGCCCGGGAGGAGCGGCGGCAGGUAGCAGGCACAGCCCCGCGGGGUCGGAGGCGCCGCAGACUUCGGCGGCCGGCGAGCUAAUGUCUCAGAAGAAGUUUGAAGAAAUCAAGAAGGCUAAUCAAGCUGCAGCCAAAAAACUUGUUCAAGAACAUAUUAGUUCCUCAUCUGAAGAAGAAGGAGAUGAAGAUUUUGAAGGAAAACAGGGGAAAAUAGUUGCUAAUACCUUUAUAACAUACACUACUCAGACAGAUGGAGAUACACGUGAAUUAGAACGGACAAAACAAUAUGUAAAUGAAGCUUUCCAAGCAGGGGCAAUGACGUGCUUAAUUUGUAUUGCUUCAGUGAAGAGAAAUCAAGCAGUUUGGAGCUGUUCAGGAUGUUUCUGUAUAUUUCACAUGCCUUGUAUCCAGAAGUGGGCAAAAGACAGCCAAUUUCUUGUAUCUUCUUUGACGGAUGAUGAUUUUGGAAAGAGAGAUUAUCCCUGGCCUUGCCCAAAAUGUAGGUUUGAAUACAAACGAUCGGAAACCCCUAGUAGAUAUUAUUGUUAUUGUGGAAAAGUCGAAGACCCACCAUUAGACCCUUGGCUCGUGCCUCAUUCAUGUGGCCAAGUAUGUGAGAGAGAAUUCAAACCUCCUUGUGGCCAUAAGUGUUUACUUCUUUGUCACCCGGGCCCCUGCCCUCCUUGUCCAAAGAUGGUCACAACUACUUGUUACUGUAAGAAAGCAAAACCUAUCCCUCGUAGGUGCAGUACCAAGGAAUGGUCCUGUCAGCUCCCUUGUGGGCGGAAGUUGCUAUGUGGACAACAUAAAUGUGAACAUUCUUGUCAUGCAGGAAGUUGUCCACCUUGUCCAAGAGUUAGUAGACAAAAGUGUGUCUGUGGCAAAAAAGUAGCUGAAAGAAGUUGUGCAAGCCCUCAGUGGCACUGUGAUCAAGUAUGUGGAAAAACACUGCCAUGUGGUAAUCAUACAUGUGAGCAGGUUUGUCAUGUUGGUGCUUGUGGAGAAUGUCCUCGAUCUGGCAAAAGGUUCUGUCCAUGUCAGAAAUCAAAGUUUUCUUUGCCUUGUACAGAAGAUGUCCCAACUUGUGGAGACAGUUGUGACAAAGUCCUUGAAUGUGGAAUCCAUAGAUGUUCACAGCGUUGUCACCGAGGUCCUUGUGAAACAUGUAGACAAGAAGUGGAAAAGCAUUGUCGCUGUGGAAAGCAUACAAAGAGAAUGCCAUGUCAUAAACCUUAUCUGUGUGAAACUAAGUGUGUGAAGAUGCGUGACUGUCAGAAGCACCAGUGUAGGAGAAAGUGUUGCCCUGGAAACUGUCCACCUUGUGAUCAAAACUGUGGACGGACUUUAGGAUGUAGAAACCAUAAGUGUCCGUCUGUCUGCCACAGAGGCAGUUGCUAUCCAUGCCCAGAAACUGUAGAUGUGAAAUGCAAUUGUGGUAAGACAAAGGUGACAGUACCCUGUGGCCGAGAACGUACCACAAGACCACCCAAGUGCAAAGAGCUAUGCAGUCGACCACCAACUUGCCAUCAUACAAGUCAAGAGAAACAUCGCUGUCACUUUGGCUCUUGUCCCCCAUGUCAUCAACCUUGUCACAAAGUUUUGGAGAAAUGUGGUCAUCUGUGUCCUGCUCCGUGUCAUGAUCAAGCAUUAAUAAAGCAGACUGGCAGGCACCAGCCCACUGGCCCUUGGGAACAGUCCUCAGAGCCAGCAUUUAUUCAGACUGCAUUACCUUGUCCUCCAUGUCAAGUUCCUAUUCCUACGGAAUGCCUUGGGAAACACGAGGUGAGCCCACUACCAUGUCAUGCUGUAGGACCCUACUCUUGUAAGAGAGUUUGUGGCCGACUAUUAGAUUGUCAGAAUCAUACAUGUAUGAAGGAAUGUCACAAAGUAACUGAAAUUGAAGGCUGCAUUGGCAAAAAUAAGGCUGGCCCUGAAUGCCUUCAUUGUGAAGAAGGGUGCUCUAAAUCACGGCCGCUGGGUUGUCCUCAUCCAUGUGUGUUGCCAUGUCAUCCUGGAGAAUGUCCUCCCUGUGUCCAGAUGCUUAGGAUAAAAUGUCACUGCAAGAUUACAAGCUUAUAUGUGGAAUGUAGAAAAAUAACCACAGCUGAUGAAAAUGAAAAGAAUCUCCUCAGUUGUUGCAAAAAUCAGUGCCCCAAAGAGCUUCCUUGCGGUCAUAGAUGUAAAGAGAUGUGUCAUCCUGGUGAAUGUCCCUUUAAUUGCAAUCAGAAGGUAAAACUUAGAUGUCCUUGUAAAAGAAUAAAAAAGGAACUUCAGUGCAACAAAGUACGUGAAAAUCAAAUUUCAGUAGAAUGUGACACAACAUGCAAGGAAAUGAAGAGAAAAGCAUCUGAGAUAAAAGAAGCAGAAGCCAAAGCUGUUCUUGAAGAGGAAAAACGAAGACAACAGGCUGAACUGGAGGCUUUUGAAAACAGGCUGAAGGGUCGUCGGAAGAAAAACCGGAAAAGAGAUGAAGUGACAGUUGAGCUAUCAUCCUGGCAAAAAUAUAAAUACUAUGUCCUUCCAGUGUGUGGAAUGGUGUUUGCAGUGUUUGCAUGGUACAUUGCCCGUGAUGUGGAUUAAAAAACAUUUUGAUCUUUUACUAUACCUCAGAUUGUAUUUGUUAAGUUGCUAAAUUUAGAAUAUUAGAAAACAUAUAUUGUAGAACAUGCUACUUAGUCACAUUCAUCUCUGUAUUCUCUUCAGUUGUUUGAAGGACAGAAUGUUAAGCUUUAUCUUGAUUAGUAUACUAGAAAGACAAUAUAACAGUUUAAAGUAAAAGCAUGACUGAAAAUAUUUCAUAAGGUUUAGCUAAAGGAGGAGUAACAUGUUUGUUGUUCAUUGUGCUUUCUUGUAUUAACUCAGUUAUUUUAUUUAAUAGUUCAAGCCAACAUUUUGUGUUUUUUUUUGUAAGAUUCAGAUGAAACUGAGCCAUAUACACAGUUAGGGGACUAUUUCUUAAAAGUUUUGGUUACUUAGGAUACUUGAUCAUGUAACUUUGUACUUUUUUUUUUAAAAAGUUCUCCAAAAAUCUUCUAAAAUUGUAACAUGAAAUUGUAUAAUUGGAUUCCAGAAGUUGGUUUUUUAGUGUGGACUAUUUAUCAGUCAUUGAAAUAAAUUUCAAUGUAGUGUGUUUUUCAGAAAAUUAGUUGUUUUCAACAAACACCAGUCUUGGUUCUUCACAUGUGGCUAUUUCUUGUGUAAGAAGCUUUUGAUUGGAAUUGGCAUGUUUUGUAAAACUCGUAUGUAUCUUUUAAAAAUAAUAAUAAAAUUAAAACUAAUAUUUAUGAGCAAUAUAUGCUGAGCAAGGGCUUAUAAUCUUUAUGUACUUUAUUUUCAUUUCUCUUGACCACAGUUCUAAAUAGUUAGAGAUAACCAGUUCUUAAUGGAAAACAAACUGAUGGAGAAGUAUCAAUGAGCCACAUCUGUUUGAUGUAAGGCAUUGUAAGGAGUUUUCCUGUUUAAUUUUUGUAUGUUAAUGUUUUCAUUAAAAAUUUUCAUACCAAA